UACACAAACCGCUACUUAGUUUCUUGUAAUCCACUUUCUCUCACUAGCUUUCUCUCUCUUGAUCAAUCCAUCUUCCACAUUCGUAUCAUACGGAGCAAGAAGGAAGAAGGCGCAGUCUCUUUCCCUCUCUUUAUUGAAGGGGGGAAGCAAGCCCGGGCAUCCGCAUCCAAUUCAUCGCUGAGCGUCUCUGAUUCUAGCUGGAGUUGCUGAAAUCAUUGGUGUCACUAUCCUUUUCCCAAGAAGUUGGUGGUGUUGGAUUUGAGAAUAUCAAGUGAACUAUGGUGAACCCUAACUCAUUGAAGAAGUUAAUACCACAGUGGAUCAGGCCGACUUGGGAGGGAAAUGAUGAGGGUGCUAUGAGCGGAGUAGGCGGACAUACUACCUUGUGGUGGCAGAAGGAUUUUGGGCACCAUCACUACGGGGAUUACUCUAUGGCAGUUAUAAAAGGAAAUAUCGUUGUAGAAGAUCAUAGCCAGCUUGAGUCGGGGCUAAUGGGCAUGGAUGCCGCAGGCCCUUAUGGUACAUUUGUCGGAGUCUAUGAUGGGCAUGGUGGGCCAGAUGCUUCAAGGUUUAUAAGUGAUCGCCUGUUUAAUCAUAUGAAAAGAAUAACGACAGAAAGGGGAGGGAUGUCAACGGAUGUUAUAGGCAGAGCAUUUGUGGCAACAGAGGAAGAGUUUCUUGCUAAGGUCAGGCGUGAGUGGGAGUCUAGGCCAAUGUUGGCGUCUGUCGGAUCUUGUUGUUUGGUGGGCGUCGUAUGCGGAGGAAUGAUAUACGUGGCCAGCGCAGGAGAUUCUAGGGCGGUCUUGGGGCGAUCGUCGCCUGAACUACACAUGGAAGCCAUCCAAUUAUCGAAAGACCAUAAUGCAAGUGAGGAAGUUGUCCGGGACGAGUUAACGAUACGGCAUCCCAAUGAUGAACAGAUUGUUUUUCAGAAGGAUGGCGUUUGGCGUGUCAAGGGCAUCAUUCAGGUUUCAAGAUCGAUCGGUGAUGCUUACCUAAAGAAGCAGGAGUUCAAUAGACCGCCGUUGAUAGAAAAGUACAGGGUGCCGGGGAUAUUUGAUAAGCCGAUCCUUUUGCCUGACCCAACAGUGGAGGAGCGGGGCAUUAGCCCUCGGGACGAAUUCAUCAUAUUUGCUUCUGAUGGGCUAUGGGACCACCUCACCAAUCAAGAAGCAGUCGACAUAGUCCACUCCAAGUCACGAAAGGGAAUCGCAAGAACACUAGUGAAAGCUGCGCUGAAGGCACUAGCAAGGGAGAGGGGGCAGAAAUAUAAGGAGCUGAAGAAGAUCGAAAUACAGGAGAGGAGAAGGGUCCAUGACGACAUCACAGUGGUAGUUCUCUUCCUAGAUUCCAGAUUGAUCAGCAGCAGCAGCAGCUCCCGCAGACGGCCAACUGUCUCAGAAAGAACUUAUGCACUUGACAUCAACAGGGCCGGGACUAGCGGUACCGCGGGAGUGGACAAUGAUGACUUAGAAUGAGCAGGAAAGGGGAAGAAGAUAUGUAAAGAGUGUCUAAGUUGGUGAAUUGGCAUUUCUCUCUCCUCAAAACUUGAUAUAGUACAUGUUAGUGAUUAUGCCAGGAAGAUGCACGUUGAAGAAGAUGACUAUCUGUUUCAGGAAUUUUUUAGCUGACUGGC